GCCCCGCCCAUGAUCGUCUCACUUUCCGCUACCACCAUGGCCGACAAGAAGGGAUCUACUGUUACUGCAAACAGACUUGCAAUGUCGAAGGCCUUAGGCGCAGCAUUCCUGAACCAUCAAGUAGAGCAGUUGGAGAAGUCCGUCUCUAGGAACGGCCCCUCUGGCGAAUGGCGCGGCCGUCGCAAUGUUACUCCUCAAGGAAACACUUAUGCUCGAACUGUCAAUCCUCAUGUAAAGGCUCGCUCAGCUUGGGCGACUCCGGCCGCCGGGCCCAAGAUUGCCAAGAAGAACAUCGAGGAUGCCCACACCACUCUUGUGAAAGGACGAUCGGAUGGAGACAAGGAUGGAGAUGUAGUGGUUUUGGAUGCUAGUGUCUUGAUUCACAACAUAGGACAAGUCAAGAAAUGGUGUCGGGAAGGAAGAGAAGAGAUUGUUAUUGUUCCGCUCGAAGCGUUGAACACUCUCGAUCUCUUGAAGAAAGGUACUUCAGCCCUUGCACAGCGUGCACGCACUGCCUCCAGAGUCCUUGAAGCCCAAGUUGGCACUAAUCCUCGUAUCCGGGUGCAGCGGGAUGAGGCUUUUGUUCUUUGGGAGGACAUACCCUUCAAAGAUGUAUCUGCCUCCCUCAUUAGUAACUCUCCCGAAUGGGUCCGACGUACCAUCUGCUGUGCUCGCUGGGAGGUCGAACAUCCUGACGCCGAAACGAAGAAGAACAAACCAACAAUCGUUUUGGCAGUUGUAACUUCCAUUCCUGACGCCUUAUCUGACACCCCAAACAAUGCGGCAGUCACAGCUUCUCCCGUUCCCCUUCCUGCUCCACAAGUCAACAGAUAUGAACCCCGUUCCUCCGGUACUAUGAUUGCCCAGUGGGCUAAGAAGGCUGGGGUCGAAAUCCUGGAUCUUCCUGUUGCUCAAUUCCCACACUCUACGGCUUUGUCCACUGCACCGAAGGACAUUCCGGGUGGAAGGCGAUCUGGGGAGCAUGGGAGACGUUCUCCAGAGGACGAACGCACCCACAGGAGGCCUCAGACUCCCGGCGGGGGCCGCGGACGUCGUAAUUCACACAUGCGCAACAUUGAACAUGGGAAUACUCCUCCACCUGUCGGUCUCGUCGAACGUCCUCCCGCUGUGAUGGCAAUGAUGGAGGCAGUCUCUCAGCCCAGUCGUGUGGUUCGCGUUCUUGCCAGGGGCGAGAAAUUGGACCCCGAUCCGUAAUCAUAGCAGGUCCAAAGACAACUCUUGUGAGUAUUGUCAUCCCUUCGUGUAAGUCUACUCACGACAUAUCUAUCCAUCUGUAGAUCUGCCGGUACAUCUGCCAUCGAGCAAAUGGGACUGAGUCUCGCCUCGCCUACACACGGACCCGUGCCGGAGAAGAACCUUAGUUCUUCUAUCGCUCCAGCUGUGUCCGAUGAUACAUAUACGCUGCUGCUGUCACAGCUCUCGAUAGGAUUCGAGCAGGCUUUCAGGAUAUGGAUGGAACGGGAUCAAAGAUUUCACAGAUUUGCAUGGGAAUAUAUGGUCGAGUAUGGCUUGGAUUCAUCUAUCUUCCUGGUAUGAUUUCUUGGAUCCUCCUGAACUGUCGGUUAUGUUUCUGUUUGAUUGACGCGUUCUUCUCGUUUAUGACAGCUUCUCGUCUGGAACUAUGUUCCCUUCAUAUUCAUACCAGCUCCGUUAUAUUAUCGCCGAAUCGCUUAUGAUUCUCUCGCCUUGUACCUAUGCCUAUACAUGUCUCCAAUACUUCUCUUCUCCUUCCACCAUAAUCAAUUCGAGUGAGC